GGAAACGGCGACAAACGUACAACAGGCGAAAGUGCAGCUAGACAAGGAGGAGAAUCAACAGAAGCUUCUACCUCUUCUCCCAGCAGUUCACCCACAGAGAGUGCCGGUGGUGCCGAUGCUGAAACAAAUAACACAACCACUUCACUUACAGAGAGUGAAUCAACGGACAAUCAAAAUGAGAGAGAAAAUACAGAUACAACCACCACCACCACCACAACAACCACAACAACACUUCCUCCUGAACUCACAAACAACAAGAAGGGUGAUGCAGACAGCAGCAGCAGUAUGAGCAGUUCUGUGUGGGUG